GGGUUCUCUGCAGUUUUUACCGCAGUGUGAGAAGGAGCAGAAACACUGAGAUGACAUCUUGCAGCUUCAUCUUCAUCAUCUUCACAAUUUAUCUGAGCUGCAUCUUCCACCGAAGCCAUGGUUUUGAGGUGAUUCAGCCUGAGAAUCGGACUGUGAACCCAGACGGGUCAGCCUCCAUCAGCUGUGAACACACGGCAAACGUCAACUCAGUCGAAGAUGUUCGACUCAACGUCAUAUCACUAACAGACAAACCUAGACUGCUGUGCCAGAAGGGGAAGAAAUACUGUAAGAACAUUAGCAUGCACGAAGAGAAUCCACAUAAAUGGCUCUUCAUCAUGCUCAACAUCGGGCCAGAGGCCAUGACCAAGAAAUACGAGUGUGGGUUCACAGUGAGAACAGAUGAUCUAGAUCACACCGAGACAGGAACACCAACCAAACUACUGCCAGGUCAAAAGGAAGCGGCCUGCAUCCGUCAGCCUUCGCCUCCUCCUUGUCCUCAGUUUCCUCAGCCUCCUCAACUCUUCUGGAUUGUGAUUGGUCUGCUGGCUCUGAUGUUCCUGUACAGCUGUGUCAUCACCUCCUUCUUCAUCAGACUGAGGUGCAGCAACAGAGAAGCCAGGAACUCCACCUAUGUAGAAAUGAGGAAAGCUCCUCAGCCGAGGAAUCCACCGUUCUGACUCAUCUUUCCUCACCACUGGCCUCACGCUCAACGUAAUGAGAGAGCGAACACUGCUUUUUUUCAUGCAGCUAUACAUACAAUUUAUUGCACUGUGUUGAUUGUUUAAUGUUAUGCACUCUCCACCAUGUCAAAUUCCUUGUAUGUGCAACAUACUCUGGCAAAUAAACGGUUCUGAUUCUGAUAAUCAAAGGGAAAAAGAGAACACGACAAUAGAGCGGCAGGGAAGGGAACAGAAAAUGAACUGAAUGGAGAACUGCACUUUCUCGUCAAAUGACAAUCCUCUUCAAUGCCCCAUCCUGCCGCACCCCAAAUGUUAUCCCGAUCAUUAAUGUUCUCUUUCCUAUCAUACAUUUUUACUGGCUGCUGGUUGUCCAAGGAGACGUUUGGUGAGCCCCUGUCCAGUCUCUAGCAGCACUUUGGAGCUGUAUGAAGGGCAUGGUGGGAGAGGCCUUGAAUGAAUGCUGGAUGGGCCUCCUCCUGAAUUGGAGGUGCUUCAAGGUCUGGAAAAUGUUGAGACCUGCAGCCUACUACAAGUCUACAAGUCUGGCACAAAGUGGUCCUGCCCUUGAAUAAAAACAGCAAGGGAAAGGAAGGAGGAUAAUAAAUACAUACAUGCAUAACUGAUGGACUCUCGAGCCACCUUCCUCUCUUCUGCUGUUGGCCAGAGUAGUAUUGUGUUCUCUAUUACAUGUAUUACCUAAUUUGGUCUGUUUUUAUCCCAAUGUCUGAAAUGUAUC